AUGUGGAAGGAUGAAGCAGUCAAGUCAGUGGGGUACAUGUCAAGCCACGAAGAUGGCGUGUCCGCAAAAGGUGGAACGAUGCAAGAUCGCAAAGAUAUGUGGCGAGUGGGCAGAGAUCAGGAGUUGAAUCGAAACUUCCGCUUUCUAUCAGUGCUUGGGUUUACAGCGGUGUUAAUGUGCACCUGGGAGGCUGUUCUGUUUGGUUCGUCGUAUGGCCUUACUAAUGGUGGUAAAGGAGGCAUGAUCUACACAUAUCUGGGAGGCCUGGUUGGAUUUAGCUUUGUGAUUCUGUCCAUGGCAGAGAUGGCGUCCAUGGCACCGACAUCUGGCGGGCAGUAUCACUGGGUGUCGGAAUUUGCUCCCCCUAGUUGCCAGUGCAUCCUGAGCUACAUUACCGGCUGGAUCUGUGUCCUGGGAUGGCAUACCGGGAUUGCAGGAUGCUCAUAUACUGUGGCGAACAUGAUGGUGGGCGUCAUCGCGAUAAAUUAUCCAGACUCGUACACCUACCAGCCCUGGCAUGUCACGCUUCUGGUUAUUGCAGUGGCGUUUGUGGCAUUAUUGUUUAACACCCUUCUCGCGCAGAAGCUGCCGCUGAUUGAAGGGAUCAUUCUGGUUAUCCAUUGUUUUGGUUUCUUUGGGAUUCUUAUCCCCUUGUGGGUCCUAUCACCAAGGCCAGCAGCUUCAGAGGUAUUUGGUUCAAUCGAAGAUCGCGGAGGAUGGGGCUCCAAUGGACUAUCCUGUUUAGUUGGAUUGGUUGGGCCCAUUUAUGCCCUGAUCGGUCCUGACUCGGCUGUCCAUAUGUCAGAGGAAAUUCGUGACGCUUCCCGAGUCCUUCCCUUGGGUAUGAUCUGGACCUUGAUUCUCAAUGGGUCCACUGGCUUGGUUAUGAUCAUCACAUUUGCUUUCUGCCUUGGCGAUAUUGAUGAGGUCAUGGCGUCCCAAACUGGCUUUGCAUUCAUCCAAGUCUUUCUCAACUCUACUGGGUCCGUCAAGGCCGCCACCGGCAUGACUGUUGUGAUUAUGGCCAUGCAAUUUUGCGCUGCUAUCAGUAAUGUAGCCACCACGUCCCGACAGGUCUACGCCUUUGCACGAGACAAAGGGCUUCCGUUCUCCGAUUUCUUUGCUACGGUUAAUCCCACAUUUACAGUCCCAUUGAAUGCGUUAUGCGUGAGUCUAGUCAUCGUCUCUGGACUCGCCUGCAUCAACAUCGGCUCUUCAGUUGCCUUCAACGCUAUUAUGUCGCUUGGCGUCGCCGCUCUUUUGUCUUCAUAUAUCAUCUCCAUCUCAUGCGUUCGGAUUCGUCGCUGGCGCAAACAGCCUCUUCCCCCUGCUCGAUGGAAUAUGGGGCGGCUCAGCCCUUACGUCGACACUGUUUCUCUGUUGGUUCUGUCGAUCGUCUGGACCUUCAGUUUCUUCCCCUUGACCCGAGAGGUAGAUGCCACUACCAUGAACUGGGGUGUUGUCAUCUUCGUUAGCGUGAUCAUCUUCUCUCUGGUGUACUACUUGAUCUAUGCCCGAAAGGUUUACAAGGGACCGGUGGUCCGGGUAAAUGCGAUGGGAUAG